UUUGUAAUGUUAGGUACAAAGGAUUCUGGUGGCAUGAUCUCUAACUUUUGCCCUGCAUCUAAUACUGAAGAUCAUUCAACCAUGAUGAAACCAGCUGGAGGAAAUUCCUCUCUUGCAAGAUAUGAAGGCCAAUGACGGUAUGAAAGAUGUGGGGUUGCUUUGUCAUUUAUUUCUCCAUUUUCCAUAUGUUUCUCUGACUGGUGCAGGGAAAGGCCCAUUCAUUAAUACAGCAAUUCAUGUGAACUGCAGGCAGCUGAAGGAAAAAAGGAAGGCAAGAAAAAAACCCAGCCAGCAAGGCAAUGCAAUGAGCAGGACAGCCUUAAGGGAACUCUGGGAAUGCUGCUGAAAACAACAUGAGGAUGGUAGGUCUGGAUGGCUAAGCCUCCCCUAGCACCACACUUUGGGCAACAGUCUUGGGAGAAAGGGGUUCUAGAAGGGGAAAAGAAGAUCCUUUUGACAAAAGCACAGAGCAUUUCCGCAGAGCUGUCAGAGCACCAGCAGGUGAAGUGGGUGAGGAAGCUGACCCUAGGAAGUAUAGGAAUAUUUCCCUGGACAGAUGGAUCUUUCUAUAUAGGUCAAACCCUUGUUUUCUGCCAGCCUCUUUUCUCACUCCUAGGAUGACACCAGCUGCACCACACAGUACUGCUGGUUCCUCAUUCUUGAAAGGAAUCUUUUCCAGGUGCUAAAUCCAAUCAGAACAAUGUAGCUCAGGUGUUGACAGGAACUUAGAGCUAAUGUGUUGGAAGAACAAAAUGCACAGACAGCAUCCUUAUACUCUACACCACCAGCAGGCAGACGUCUUGGCUUGUCUGUACCACCAGGCUUCCCAGGGUAUCCCUCCCAGUUCAAGCAAGCUUCAUGUCUUACUAGGAGUGCCUGAAAAAGGCAGAGCACCACAAAUCUCCUCCAGUACUGUUGUUAUACUGAUGCUGGAAUCGGUGCCCGGGCAGAGCAGGCUCCUCAUGGCAGCGGCAGGAUGGCUCAAGACCUCCAAGGAGGAUACUGCUGCUUCGUAAAUCAAGUAUGUUGAUGAACUCAAAGACUUGCAGGAAUAAGUGUUCAGCAUUGCCGCUGCUACUGAGUUUGAGGGUUAUUUUUUUAAGGCAACAUCUAGGUUAUGGACAUGAAGAUAUGGCACUCCAGACUCUCAGCCAUCCGAACACAGCCAACAAUGAAUACUCAUUUCUCACCAGGGUGAGUGUUUUAACCACCUUGGAGCGGCGAUUCAACCUUCAGAGUGCUGAUGUGGGCGUCAUUGCCAGCAGCUUCGAGAUCGGCAACUUGGCCCUCAUCCUCUUCGUGAGCUACUUCGGAGCCCGAGGACAUCGGCCACGCUUGAUAGGAUGUGGAGGGAUUGUCAUGGCCUUGGGUGCCCUCCUCUCCGCGUUGCCUGAAUUUCUGACCCACCAGUAUGAAUAUGAAUCGGGAGAAAUACGCUGGGGGGCUGAAGGGAGGGAUGUGUGUGCUGCCAACGGGUCCACCAGUGAUGAGGGACCAGACCCGGACCUUAUCUGCAGGAAUAGGACUGCUACCAACAUGAUGUACUUGCUGCUUAUUGGAGCACAGGUCCUCCUGGGCAUUGGUGCUACCCCUGUCCAGCCCCUGGGAGUUUCCUACAUUGAUGACCAUGUGAGGCGGAAAGAUUCCUCCCUGUACAUAGGGAUCCUGUUUACGAUGCUGGUAUUUGGACCAGCCUGUGGAUUUAUCUUGGGCUCCUUCUGUACCAAAAUCUAUGUGGAUGCUGUCUUCAUUGACACAAGUAAGCUGGACAUAACCCCAGACGACCCUCGGUGGAUCGGAGCAUGGUGGGGAGGCUUCCUGCUGUGUGGUGCCUUACUCUUCUUCUCAUCCCUGCCCAUGUUCGGGUUCCCGCAGUCCUUGCCCCCACGGCCGGAGCACGCCGGGGAGAGCGAGCAGGCCAUGCUUCCCGAGAGGGAAUACGAGAGACCCAAGCCAAGCAAUGGGGUCCUGCGGCACCCGCUGGAUGGGGAGAGCAGCACAACCUGCUUCCAGCAGCUGCGAGUGAUCCCCAAAGUAACUAAGCACUUGCUCUCCAAUCCUGUCUUCACCUGCAUCAUCCUGGCAGCCUGCAUGGAGAUCGCGGUGGUGGCUGGCUUCGCCGCCUUCCUGGGAAAGUACCUGGAGCAGCAGUUCAACCUCACCACCUCAUCUGCCAACCAGCUCCUGGGGAUGACAGCAAUCCCGUGUGCCUGUCUGGGCAUAUUCCUGGGUGGCCUCUUGGUGAAGAAGCUCAGCCUGUCCGCUCUGGGAGCCAUCAGGAUGGCCAUGCUGGUGAACCUGGUGUCCACAGCUUGCUACGUGUCUUUCCUCUUCCUGGGGUGCGACACAGGACCUGUGGCAGGGGUUACUGUUCCCUAUGGAAACAACUCAACUCCAACCUCAUCUCUGGACCCGUAUUCCCCCUGCAAUAACAACUGUGAAUGCCAAACUGAUUCCUUCACUCCAGUGUGUGGGGCAGACGGGGUCACAUACUUAUCUGCCUGCUUUGCUGGCUGCAGCAGCACGAACCUCAGUGGCUGUUCCUGCCUCACCUCGGUCCCUGCUGAAAAUGCCACCGUUGUUCCUGGCAAAUGCCCCAGUCCUGGCUGCGAAGAGGCCUUCCUGACAUUCCUCUGUGUGAUGUGUGUGUGCAGCAUGAUCGGGGCCAUGGCGCAGACACCGUCAGUCAUCAUACUCAUCAGAACUGUGAGCCCCGAACUCAAGUCUUAUGCUUUGGGGGUGCUUUUCCUGCUUCUCCGUUUGCUAGGUUUUAUCCCACCUCCGCUCAUCUUUGGGGCUGGAAUUGACUCCACGUGUCUGUUUUGGAGCACGUUCUGUGGCGAGCAAGGAGCCUGCGCGCUGUACGACAACGUGGUCUAUAGAUACCUGUAUGUUAGUAUUGCUAUAGCCCUGAAGUCUUUUGCAUUCAUCUUAUAUACCACCACCUGGCAGUGCUUGAGGAAAAACUAUAAAAGAUACAUCAAGAACCAUGAAGGUGGGCUCAGCACUAGUGAGUUCUUUGCCUCUACUCUCACCCUAGACAAUCUGGGGCGGGACUCAGUGCCCCAAAAACAAUCACAUAGGACAAAAUUUAUCUAUAACCUUGAAGACCAUGAGUGGUGUGAAAAUAUGGAGUCUGUUUUAUAGUGACUGUGGAGGGGUGAACUAUAUUAAUAAUACAAGGGUCCUUUUUAAUAAAAACAAGAGGAGAGCACGAAUGAAGAAACAACUGCAAAACAACGGCAACACAGGAAACUUUUGUCUUUUUCUCAAAGUCAGACCCAGCCAGGAUUCUUGUGAACAGCAUCUUUUAAUGGGAUCACUUGUGACAUCCUGCGGGGUGAUAGACAAAGCAGGGAGCUGCUGUGGCUGGAUACCAGCCCCUUUGAUGACAGUACAAGCUUCCAAGAAGAGCACCUGAAGAGGUUCAUUGGAAAGCUCAGCGAAUGGACAGGCUUGGGCACGAGGCAUAGAGAAAGCAAGGUGGCAAUGCGAGAAUAGGUGUUGUGGUUGCAAGUGUGGUCCAGGGGUAUGUGAAGCCCCACAGUGUGGGCUGAAGGGUUGGCUGGUCUGAGCUCUGUGAUGGCAGAGGGAGCAGUGCUGGAGCCAUUCCACGAGUCACACUCUGUCACCAGCCACGAGUCCACGAUAAAUACCUUGAAAGCUGCUGGAAUCCUUCCCGGUGCCGAGCAGUGCUGUCAGAGGUAUCCGAGUCCUUCCAGGCGAGGCUUAUUCACAGAUUGCAGCUUUGUGGUUGUCUGUGAAUAGCUCUGCUUACAUCUCUCAAACCCAGUAAAGUUCAAGACGUUUGCUCACACUUGCCAAACGUGCUGUCAUUUUUAAAGGGGGUGAAUUCCAAAUACUCGGCUGUGCAGUCCUCUAAUAAGAUGGGGUUUUAAAAAGUUAUUUUGCAAUCUAUGUUAACCCUUGAAUCGCUGACGCUUUUCCAUAGGGAGGAUUUAUUUAUGCUACUUUGGGGAAGGAUCCUGUUUUAAUUCACCCAAACAUGAUGUGACUCAAGGGAUUUGUUUAACCCUCUGCGUUUUUUAUCCAUACGCCUUCAUUCUAAUAUGCUACCAAGCCAAUGAAGACACAUAAUAUGUUUUUAAAAACGAGAACAAAUACACUGUGUCUCUAUAAAAACAAUUGUCAGUUGGAGAAUUAUAGAUAAUAUGAUGAUUUACGUAAUAUAGGGUUUUUUUCAUGUUCUAUGUGACUCAGUGAAUACACAUAUAUAUGUGGAGAGGCUGUUUAUAUUCUCUCCAGUUUUUAAAGAUAUAUAUAUAUCAUUUGCAAUCUAGAAAUUGUGUGGUGGAUGUUUUCUUUAAAGUGAGUGUGUGUGUGUGUGUGUGUGUGUGUGUGUGUACAAGAUGAAAGGAAUCCCAACCUUAAUCCUGCAACCCUCACAACUGAUUUUUUCACCUAAAAAAUUCCACUGACUUCAGUGGAAGCCACGUGAAGAAGGUGGAAUAAUCUCCCCUCCUGGAGGCCACAUUUUGCCAUUAGCUGUUCACAUAGGGUUCCUAUGGAAGGCGGGGUUAUGGGAGCAGAGGCUGGCCAGCAUUGCACACCUCUGAAAUUCUCAUUGAGAUUCUUAAGAGGCACCCAUGCAGGAGGAGAUUUGGCUUUGCUUUUGCAAUGCAGUCUCACAUAAGCCUGCAAAAAUCAAGGGGAGGCUUUUAUCUGAUCUCAAGAAGCAUGCGGUCAGGCUUAUUUUGCAUGCGUAUUUUAUUUUUCCAAAACAUUCCUGCUGGGAAGCAAUACAAAUUCAUUGCGUUUGAUGAGUUUUCCCUAGGAACCAGACUCAUUUCCAAUGGACUAAAUGUCAGAAGGGUUUUAAGGGUUAGCAUCAUCAUCAAAAAGCUCCAUUUUUGUUUGUAUUUUAAAGCUGUUUUGAACCUACAGAUGUUUGGAGCAGUAGCCUGGCAUGGUGAACCGAAUGCUGGGCAUCACUUCCAUGCAUCUGGUGGAGGGGCUGAUCUUCCCUAGGUUCUUGUCCAUUGCUGGCAGUGGACAUCCCAGAGUUGGCACAAUUACAGAGGGUUGAUAACUUCCUGCUCAUGUUCAACACCUUUUUAGCAGACUUAGCUCUUACCUAGGCAUUGAAACACAGGUGUGGGCUAUCAAACUGCUUCCACUUGACUGACUUUAUGUGUAUGUUUGUAGUUUAUGCACAGCAUUGUAUGUUCAGCAACAACAAGAGCAAAAAAAAGGGGUGCAUCAAAUAAACUCCACUGUGCCAAAUACUUGACAAAUAUUGUAACUGCAGAUAUUUGAGUCUUGGUCUUCAGCCAUGUUAAGAAUCACUUGAUUAAUGAAGGAGUUUAAGUCAAGUUAUUAAGCUAUGCAGUGCCAUUGUUAUGUUGGGUGGUAAAUGAUGCUUUUUAGGCCAUUAGAUUAGUUUAGUAUAUCCUGUCUGCUAAAAUAGAGAUACUUCAUCCAUAAAACAAUGAAUUUACAAAAGGCACAGGGUGCAUAACUGUCUCAUAAAAUAUAUAUAAUUGUCAAGUAUAAGCCUUUGAAAUUGUUAUGUACAGUUCUUUUUGUUCUGGAAAUUUAUUACUCAGACUGCUGUCUUUUCAAAUGUUAGCUCAUAAUUUUGUACUAUACACACACAUUCAGACUCAAACACAAAUGUCAGAGAACAGAGCCUUUCUAAAAGCCUGAUUGCUUGAAAUUCUAUAACCCCUUUCACAGUUUCAGGGUUUUUUUCCCCUCUGAAAGUCCAAGGUGAAGGAGAACAGCACGAUGACAUGAUGCAAAACAAACUCCCAGUGCUCAAGAGCUGUGAUUUGUCAGUAUAGUCAAAAGUCCUCCUUGACUGGAGUUAUAGAAAGAGGAUUCCAGGGCACAUAAUGUUUUCAUUUUUAUUGAUGUUUAUUUCUUUCAUUUAAUCUUUUCUCUUAGCACACAUGGGAGAUGCAGUUGAAUGGGGUUACUGAUACUAUUUUUACGCUGCAACUUAAAAUUCCUGCGUGAUUUUUGUUUUAUUUCUUUUGAUAAUGCAACUCUUGAAGAGCUCUCUCUCCAUCCCACUCUUUGUUUUUUUCUUUAAGGACAUAUCAGAUGCCUGCAUCACGAAGGGCUUUACUGUCAGUGCUUUGGUACAGAUUCAAGAACACAGCUUUAGUUUAAAGAAAACAGACAGACCAAAACCUUCAUCCAUCCAUCCCAGCAGGCUGCCUGCUUUUUCCUGAUUUCAAGCCCACAAGCCAUUGUCUGCAACACAGUUUUUGUUAUAGAAUAACAAAAAUAAAUCCUCAGACCCAAUUUUGUUAUAGAAUAAGUCUCAGACAUCCUCCAGCUUCCCAAAUUGCAGAAUGGGCCUUUGCCUGUCAGCACUUCGCUUCCAUCCCGCAACUGCCUUAACCUUAACUUAAGGUCAAGGAUGGAGUUAGAAAAAUGCCCAUUCCUGGGAACAGAAACAAGGGCAUGAUCUGAGCUAUGGAGUCCACAUCCAGUGUUGGGAAUUUUUUUCUUCUCCCUAUUCAGGGGCAUUGAAAUUCAGUUUUGUUGAGAGCUCAGUCUGUGCUGAAAUGUUAUUUUGACAUUUCCAAGCUCUGUGUUCCCUGCAUGGCUGUCUGCUAGGGAAUGGCAUAGUUGACAAAAUAAACUACUUGACAUUUAGCAGUCUCUAUGGGAUUGUCCAGUUGCCUUGCAUGACUUCAGGUUGGGGUUUUCUUUGCCUCGCACAAAUACCACCUUGGCGUAGCCCCAGUGGAAUCAAAAGGGGACCCCAAUCUAAAACUGGUGCAGAUGACAUUAGAAUCAGUUUCUUUGCAUCCUUGUUAACAAAGAGAUGCAUUUUCAGAACCUUCUUUUUAUAUACACUGAAAUCAUACCUUUUUCUGACUUUGCCCAGCACAUCUUGGAUGUAUAGUGGGACAAAAAAGGCCAUUGCUUGAAUUAUCUAGACAAAACUUCCAUUCC